AUGCGGUCACGAGAGCAUGGCUUCCACGAACGCCUCGUCAACCGUGAAUGUGUUGCGGAACCCUUCCCACCGGUGACUCGUUUCCGUCAACCUCCAAACACGCCGACGGGAUUCCUUGCUCUCGUCAAUCUGCUCCAGUGCCAACACGAAGGCAACAAGAUGUUCCUUGUAGAGUUCCAGCCAGUUGGCUACAUUAGCUUCAUCGCCUCAGCUGCCACACCACACCCUCUAAGAUGCUCUCUCGAGUUGGAAUUCCACACCAAACGCGAGUCAUCAUUCCACCACAACUGUCGAUCUCCCGUUGAAAGCCCCACGUGGGUUGUGGACUCUCUCGCCACCAAAUUCUCCUCACACAAAUUCGCGUUUUCAAAUCCUGAGCUGUCAUCGGACUGGUUCGUGACCUCGGAGAAUGUCGUGUUAGCAACCAACAACCACCUCCGUUGGAAUGCUGAACACUGCGCAUUUCGAGAGAUCCUGGGCUACCUGAUUUGCCUCGAUACCGAGACCAUGACAGCACUGCAACGCGCCAUCGGACCGGUUCUGCGUCGCCUGUUGAUCUUCGUCGGUGGCUACCUGGUGCCGGGUUACGUCCCGAUCAAUAACGUGGCCAAUGAGGAUCCGCCAGCCCCACCCAAUCCCCCCACCGACGGCUCGAUGACUCAGCACCAGCCAAUCGAAUCGGCUCCGCCUGAUCAACACCGACGCGCCAAUCUGGCCCUGGCUACUCUGGUCGAGUUGGCCAAAGGUCAGGACGGCGAAAUGUCCAUCGGACGCGACACGAGUAAUGGACGAUUUCGUGAAAUAAGGGAAGGCAUCGACGCAUUUUCCCGGGUUGAUGGAUCAGUUGGUUGUUUGUAUGCUCCGACGAAUGACCUUGAGGUUGUACUUUACUCGCCUGGCCCCGCGCCUGUUGUUUUUCUCUCGAAAGCGGUUACCAUGGCAACCAGCCAGCGGUCGGAAACGCGACAGGCUCCAGGAGCUGUCGCAAGCACUGGAGACCUUGUUUCCACGUGUUGUGUUGGCGGAAUGGCUGUAAAAGCGGCUAAACCACCGCCUCCACAACCACCACAAACGCAGCGUUUUGCCGCGUCGACUCUCUUCGUCUAUUGGUCGCCCCCGGCCAAUCAGAAGCCAGGAGAAGAUGAGUCACGUGCGCCUUCAGUGUAG